AGUUGGGCUCGAGCCUUUCUCGCCUCGAGGCCGUAAGCUCGCCCUCGCUUGCUCGUGCUGCGGCGUGUGUCGACCCUAUGCUGCUGUUCGGUGGCGUGUUGGAGCUGCUCUUCGGGUCGGAGAAGACCAGACAGCGGAACACGUUGCACGAGGUGCGGGUGGACAACACGGACGCCGCGAUCGAGCACACGGCGGAGAAGGAGGCCGUGCCAGAGGCAAUCGCGGUCGAGCCGUUGACUGCUAGCACGUUGCGAGAAAGCAUGGACGCUUCCGCUGCUGACAUCCUACCCUGGGAUGGUCGUCGGUUUAAGAGACUGAAGCAGCUGCAGGAAGCCCAGCGAAACCACGGCUGUGUGGAGCUCAUGCGCGAUGGUGGGACCUUCGUGGCCGUGAAGAAAAUGCCGACGAGGUGGAUACGUGGCUCGCCAGACGAAUUCGACUCGCGGCACCCAGACUCCGUGGAGAGGCCGUGGAUGGACGUGGGCCUCGUCAGGCACCUCACCGAGAUCAGAUACCCGUACUCUGUCAAGCUGCUGGGCGUGUUCGCGGACGAGAAGAGCACCUAUGUGGUCAGCUCGCUGGCAUCCGAGGGUGACCUCUUCGCCUGGUGCGACUGCGAGCCGAAGCCUGGCCCGAGGAGGGAGGCAGCGAUGCACCCUCUCGUGAGUCAGAUCUUCACAGGUGUGAGAUGGCUGCAUGACCUCGGUAUCGCUCACCGGGAUCUGUCCCUAGAGAAUAUCUUGCUCCACAAUGAGAAUGGUGACAUGAGGAUCAAGAUUAUCGACUUCGGUAUGUCCACGCUGGACCGAUCGGCGUCGGCGUCGUCGUCGGUGGGGAAGCCGUCAUACCAGGCUCCGGAGAUCCACAAGCCGCAGCCCUUCGACACCAUCAUGACAGACGCAUUCUCGCUUGGUGUGGUGCUGUUUGCCAUGGCUUCGCAGGACUACCCGUGGAAGUCUACCGUGCGGAAGACCUGCGAGCUCUUCGAGUAUGCUUGCAUGUUCGGUUUCACGAAGUUUCUCAGCAAGCGCCGGCUGCGCAAGGGCGCCGGCGAGACCUUGGCCGAGGUAUUUUCCCUGAAUUUUGCAGCGUUGCUUGUGGGCCUCCUUGCCACAGACGCAGGGAAGCGGCUCACCCUCGGCGAGAAAUGCUUUGAGACGCCCGAGGAUGGCAGUGAUCGGAGGAAGAGCGUAUGGAAUUGCAAGUGGAUUCAGCAGCCUCUGGUCUCAACGACGGAGGUAGGAGCAGUGACCUCAUGUGCCGCAUGCAUCUAAAUUCUCUCCCAGCGCUCGUGCUGGAGGGUACGGAUCGUUUGGAUCCGCACAGGCGCUGGUGUUUCUACCAGUGCGCCAAGAAAUUUUCAAUAGAUCCUUCACGCAGAUUCAGUGAAAUAGCUCCUUCGGUCGCAAUACCUUUUCCGCUCGUGUCCUCAUGCUCCUCCUCGUCUUGACGUCAGCCCUAUGCAGCGUGUGUCUACUACUGCUUGAGUUGUUUUCCACGGUUGCACCUGGCGAUUCUGGUGUAUCCGAUCGCAGGGUCAAUGUGUAUGUAGUGCGCCUUGCAUUCGCAAUUGAUUGGCCCUUAGUUGUGUACUUGGUGUCGGUCCCAAUGCCGAGCCUGGCCCAACGCGAGUCAAUGAAGGAGUCUGCAUGUCUUGCUCCACAUCUGGCAAAACGACGGAAUACUCUUUGGCAACGCGCAUCGCCGAGGACACCCGACCCAAUAGUGGCACUUGGCCACCCGCGUCGCGUGUUCGCGUGCGUUUUGAGAGGGGAAGGCUGCUCCUCCGGAGACGCCCGAGAGGGGCAUCCGCUCUCACGUGCGCCACUUUUCCCCGCAUCCUCGCGGAGGCUCCACUUCUCGGACCUGCUUGCCUGAGGCGAUGGCUCAUCUUCUUCCUCUCGUCUUCGUCUCCCUGAUUUUUACUCCUCUCACGUGUCGUCUUCUCUUCCUUCCUUUUCCUGCCCCGAUCGUGCGAAGAAUUGUGCGCCAGCGUCGCGACAAAGCUCGUGGCUGGGGCCUGCAGCCUUCACCCGCCCUCCAUGGACUUCCGGGUGCCUCCUCUGAGUCGCCGUGGCCCGGCCUCUCUUGACGACUGGAUCGGGUCGGCGGGCUUGCCCGAUGCGGCCCUGGAGUUUCACCACGGGAUCUCGCGGUGCCACGAGCGCUCCAAGAUGAAAGAUCCCUGCGCCCCCCCCCCCCAAAACAGUUUGGCACCCCAAGCCCUGGAGCGCGGAGCGUCCCGGUGACGCAGCCGGUGGCGGCGCCAGGGUGCUGAGGCCGCCGCGCUGCUCGGGCGGCCCGUGGAGGCCAGAUCGGCGGCCGACGCAG